AUGGCUGCGAUAAGUCUGUAUGGGAGGUUGGAGUUCUCCCACAGCAAUCUCCUCACCUACAUCUUCGACCGCCCUGAAGAUGACGAUGACUUCCAUUCUUCAAACGUACCAACCAUUAUUUCCGCCGAAGACCCCAAUCGAUUGCAGAUGAUGGGACUAAAGCCUGGUGAACGUAUUGCGCUGGUCUCAGGAAAUACGAUCUACUUCCCUCUCGUAGCGCUGGGAACCAUUGCAGCGGGCGGCGUCUUCACAAGCCUUCUCCCAGAAUUCAAAACCCGAAAGAUCGCAUCCUAUCUACAGGACACCAGUGCCCGCUAUAUUCUAGCUUCGAAGGACUUUCUGGACAUCUUGCUUGCUGCUGCCGAUCAAUCUAAUUUCCCGAAAGCCAGUAUUUUGGUGUUCGAUGAUAGUCUUAAACAAAUGGAGCUACAGCCUCCAUUACACCAUUGGAGCACCAUAUUCAGUACGCAACUCGAUCCUCCCUUCCGAUGGCAGUCCUUGGAAAGCGAGGCCAAAGCAAAAUCCACCACUGCUGUGAUCAUGCAUACGUCAGGAAAACUUCGGGAAAUGCCAAAGGCGAGGAGAUCUCCCAUUACGCGCUCAUUGGCCAACUGGCGCAAGCACUUCGAAACAUCGAUUCAGCCGCAGCAAUUCACGAGAGCAUCCUUUGCGAUUACCAGAUGGGCCAAUCCGUGGGAUUGA